UCUUCGGUCAGUAAACGGGUCCGUUGCUGCUAGAACCAUGGUGGCGUACUGGAGACAAGCCGGGCUCGGUUAUAUCCGCUACUCUCAGAUCUGCGCGCAGGCAGUGAGAGCGGCGCUGAAACCACAAUUUAAAGUAAAGGCAGAGAAGGUGGGGAUCAUGGACUGGACGCUGCUGACAAUGGAUGCCAGUCUCAGAGGCAGGGGGCAGUAG